AUGUCUAACAAAGUCUUACUUGCAGAUUACAAUAAUCAUGGGCAAUAACAAUUCGAUUAUCCUGAAUAAGAUGUUUAUUACACAGGUAUGUCACUUAAUCCAUUCUUAAAGGCCGUAAAUUGGAUCAAGAAUUGAAGCGAGGACCCAUUGAAUCAAGAGGAUGUCGAGAUUUCUUAUGUGUUAUACUUUAUUUAGGAUUAUGGGCGUUAAUGAUAUUUUGUGCAAUAAAUUCAUGGGAUGAAGGCGAUACUUCUAAAAUUUACUUACCUUAUGACAGUGUAAACAAAAGGAUCUAUUUGUUAGGAAUAGCGCUAAUGUGGAAAGGGAGAUCUUAAAAGCUACUCCAAUAUAUAUAUAUUAAGUUAAUCAGAAUCCUAUUGUGUAUCAGAUUGUCCUGGAGAAAGUGGAGUAGGAAAAGAACUUCCUUGUUAUUAAUGUAAAGCUUAGACUGCACCUUAUGCAAGUGUAUAAGUGCUUACUUUGUGCUUUCCAAGUUUGAAAGUUGAUGAGUAAUAUUAAAAAUUGAUAAAUGAUUUGGUGGAGAUUGGUGGAUUUUAAAAACAUUAUGCAGAUUUGGAAGAAACAUGGCCAAUAAUAUUGGCUAGUGCAGGAAUUGCAUUUUUUAUGGCGAUAUUGUUAACAUUCUUGAUAAGAAUAGCAGCAGGAUGUAUAGUAUGGGGAAUGAUUCUCAUCUAUUUAUUGAUUGUAGGAGCUAUCGGAACAGUUGCUUAUUUGCAAUCAAAGGGACAUUACUAAGAAUAUCGUGUAGUGGAUGAUACAAAACAAUUAGAAAUAAUAGCUUAUUUAUUUUGGAGUAUUGGAGGAUUAUCCCUUUUGAUAAUUCUAUGUUUAGCUAAGAAGAUUUCAUAAGCAAUAUAGGUAUUGAAAACAGCAGCAGAUUUUACAAGAGAAGAAUGGUAAACACUUUUUGUUCCAGUGAUAAUUCUUAUUUUGGGAUUAGGAUUCUUUAUAUAUUGGAUAAUAUUUUCAGCAUUAAUAUAUUCUACAUCAAGUGAUUUGAAUAAGAGUUAAUACAGUCCAUAUGUUGAAUUAUAAUGGGAUGCAAAGACUGGUUGGUAAUUGGCUAUAUAUUUUUUUGGAUUAAUAUGGAAUAUAUGUUUUGCAUUGUCAUUAUGUUAAUUUGUGAUAAGCAGUUGUUGUUGUAUGUGGUAUUACAGUCAUAUUGGUUAUCCAUUGAAAAGUAGUAUACUAAAAAGUUUUUGUCGUGGAUUCACAACUAAUUUUGGCAGUUUAUUAUUUGGUUCUUUAAUUUUGGCUAUAGUUUGGACAAUUAAAUUUAUUUUAGAUGCUUUUCAUGUAAUUAAAUUAAUUUAAUAAAUAGAAAUAAUUAAAAUAAUCAGUCUCAGGUGAUAAUAAUGCAUUAGGAUACGCAUUAAGAUGUGCAAAAUAUUAUGUUUCGUGUUUUGAAAAGUUUAUAAGAUUUUUGAAUUAAAAUGCAUAUACAAUGAUGGCAUUAACAGGAUAGAGUUUUUGUAAUGCUGCCUAUGAUGCUUUCUAUCUCAUCUUGAGAAAUGCUACUCGCGUUGCAAUCACACAUGGAUGUAAUUAAUUAAAUAUAUAUAUAAAUAGUGGGAGAACUCUUUGAAUUUCUGGGUGCUAUUUUUAUAUCGGCUACUACUUCUUUUAUUUGUUAUUUGAUCAUUACUAAAAGUGAAUCUUAUAAAAAUAAUAUUUUUAGUCCAAUCGCUCCUACCUUUGUAAUUCUUAACAUUACUUUUAGGCCUUUGUUGUUGUAUCCUAUAUGAUUGGUAAAAUGUUCAUGAAUCUUUAUGGAAUGGGAGUUGAUACUCUAUUGAUUUGCUACAUUGUUGAUACUGAAAUGAACAAAAAUGAAGGAGGUGCCAAAUCAGUACCUAAUUCACUGAAAUAAUAUGCUUCAGAAUUAAAUUGA